CGCCGUCAACGUCAACCUCGAGUCCAGCCUCGACUCUGUCCUUCAUACCAUUAUAAGUGCUAGAGCCAUCGUGCACUUUACAGCCCAUUCGCCCUGUAGAGGUCUCGCGCCUCUUCCCAUCCAGUGUACUACUACCUCCCGUCUCCUCCGGAGUUGCCAUGGCCAUGAUGAAGCCGAGUAGUAUGGAGUUGUCCCUCGAUCAAGCAUGUCGUCGGGAAACGCCACGCCUACGCCCGCGGUAGACGGCACAGCCGUGAAGGAGAAUGAAAUUCGCUCGACAGCCGUAUUUGGAGAAAACCAGACUUACAAUGAGGAGGCGCUUGAUAAUUCCCGACGGGCAGGCGGCACGUCCGUGCCUCAACGACUUACGUAUUAUCUCAAAAAAGUCGAGGACCAACUGGUCGAGUACAGUCUCGAGGCUCGGGGGAUAGAACGAGUGCAGGAGCACGAGCGCAUCCCGAAAUUAUCCUGGAUCUCGUAUCUGCAGGUCUUUUUGCUCUGGAUGUCAGUCAACCUGGCAGCGAAUAAUAUCACGCUUGGGAUGCUAGGCCCGGCUGUGUACGGCCUUAGCUUUCUGGACUCUGCUCUAUGUGCUGUUUUCGGAGCGCUUGUUGGCUCGACGGCGUCCUCAUGGAUGGCUACUUGGGGCCCUAUAUCUGGAAUUCGGACUAUGGCCUUUGGGCGUUAUACUAUGGGAUGGUGGCCUAGCAAACUUAUCGUGAUACUGAAUCUCAUUCAGAUGAUCGGAUAUUGCCUGAUCAAUUGUGUGGUUUGCGGGCAGAUCCUCUCCGCUGUGUCCCCGAAGGGAAGUCUAUCAGUUGCAGUGGGAAUUGUGAUCAUCGCUGUCAUUAGCUGGAUUAUCGCCACGUUUGGAAUCCGAAUUUUCCAUUAUUAUGAACGCUUUGCAUUCUUACCCCAAGUCAUCGUGGUGUGCAUUUUGUUCGGCGUAUCUGGUUCAAAGUUUGACCUAUCUACGCCAUCUCAGGGAGACACUCGUACCAUAGUCGGGAAUCGACUUUCGUUCUUUUCUCUGUGUCUCAGUGCCGCGAUCACCUAUACACCACUAGCAGCCGAUUUCUUUGUCUACUACCCUGAGCGCACAUCCAGAAUCAAGAUCUUCUCGCUCUCGCUUUUUGGUCUCCUCACAUCCUUCACCCUCGCCUUCCUCUGCGGGAUUGGCCUCGCAUCUGGCAUAACCGCACACCCCGAAUACGCAACCGCCUAUGGCAAUGGCCAAGGUGCGCUCAUCGUCCAAGGUUUCAGCCCCCUCCAUACCUUCGGUAAUUUCUGCUCCGUGAUUGUCGCCCUCGGCCUCAUCGCCAACGCCAUCGCACCGACCUACUCUGCGGGCGUCGACUUCCAAAUUCUAGGCCGGUAUGCUGAAAAAGUGCCCCGUGCGAUCUGGAACACCUUCGGCGUCGUAAUAUACACCGUAUGUGCCCUUGCGGGCCGCAGCCACCUCGCAGAUAUCUUCACCAACUUCCUCGCGCUUAUGGGCUACUUCGUCGCGAUCUGGCUCGCAAUCGUCCUCGAGGAACGGUUCAUCUUUCGCCGUGGAGGAUCCGGAAACGGUUAUAACUGGGCUGUCUGGGAUGAACCGUCCAAGCACCCUGUUGGCAUUGCGGCGCUGAUUGCGUUCUUAGUUGGUUGGGCUGGUGCUAUCCUAUGUAUGGCGCAGGUUUGGUAUAUUGGGCCUUUAGCGGGAUUGGUGGGGGAGUAUGGUGCUGAUAUGGGUAACUACGUCGGGUUCUCAUGGGCUGCCUUGGUCUACCCGCCUCUUCGAUAUAUCGAACGGAGACGGUUCGGCCGGUAGAUGCUCUCUACCCUGAGCACCGCCCAAUAUAUAAUAGAGCCGAUACCUCAUCAGUAUAGCUGGGAGAUUACGGCCUGUUGGGCGUUCAUAACUCACCAGCAACAUGAUCCAUUGAGCAUUGAAGCAAGAGGCCAUAGAAGAUAAAAAAGAAAAGGACAGCUUUGCCCUGAGACCGGGGGUGAACCUUCCUUGGAGUUGGAGGUGACCUUAGACAAGGUUAAAGUUCAACCAUCUAAGGUUCCAGGCUGGGUGCGCCUUCCCGGUUUCACUUGCGGCCCUUCCCGCCGUUGUUCCUGCCGGUUUGGUAUAGAUAUAUAUAAUUCGUAUGAGCGUAUUAUAAUGGAAACUACCUACGGCAUGGUCGCAUUUCCCCCUGUGUUUAGUAGUUACCCGAUAGGACCGUUCAAGAAGAAAUAGGCAGGG